CGGGGUUUUGGUUUGGCCGAAGCGUCCGCAGGUUAGGGUGCGCUCGCUGGGAGCAAGUUGCGGUGCGCGCGCAAUGUUUGCAAAGUGGGCGGAAGUCAAAUGAGGUCUUUCAAGAAAAUCCGCCUGACCGCCAGCGAUUGUGAAGUCCUUCGUCAGAGCCCAGAAGGCACAGCCGCCCUGACGCAGCCCCUCAACCAGAGGCCCGGCAGCCAAGAUUCCCGUAGGCGCCUUGGCCCAACUCCUCGGAGGAGGAGGAGGCAGCCUUCCAAAGGCCACCAAAGGACCAUCACAGAUUACUUCAAGAGCAGAUCGCACGCCCCGCCAUGCUCCAGCAACAUGGCGGAGAGCCACAAAGCCAUAGUUGAGGAACCUCCGGAGAACUUCGCUUGUGACUGGCCGUCCGACUCGGACGACUCUUGCAGUCUUCUUGACGAGGCAACGGACACGUUGGCGCCCCCCAAGAAGCUAUUGCGUUUCUCCCACGGAUCUGGCGACUCCGACAGAAACGCUGGGCGGGAGGUCCGAGGUCACGAACCGUGGUUGGUGAGGCUUCCUGGGGAAAGCCCAGGCGAUGGAACGGUCAAGCAGGAAGCUCGCGACGCCGAGGUGGAUCCUCUUCCUGAUGCCCACUUUGGGCUCUUCGGAACCACAUCCGGGGAUGACGUACCUCAGGGAACGAUGGAGAAGUUGCCGGAUGAACUCCUCCAGGAGAUCUUCGCCCUGGUGCCUCUGGUGGACCUCCUCCAAAACCUCUGCCUGGUGUGUCGACGUUGGAAGUGCAUCAUCUCGGACGUGAAGUUCAUUCCUUGGAAGAAAAUUUACUAUCAGUAUUUGAAGGGAGUGGACCACGCCUCACUCACCCUUCGAGUCAUUCUGCAACGGUACGGCCUAACCAAGAAGCAUCCCCAGUGCAUGCUGGGAUUUAUCCGGUGCGCGGCUGCGAUUCGGAGCUGCCGCUGUAAGGAUCCCGCCGCUGUCCUUGCGUGUCUGAAGCGCCACUCGCUCUUUCUCAAGGCGGAAGUCUGCAUCGCCAAGAAUCUUCCGGAUUUGGACGGCCGCAAAGAGAAACCGGCCUAUGUUCGGGCACUGAUGGCGGCCAUGGUGCUCCUUGCCGGAGGUGUUGGCGAUGUCCAGGAGAUGGUGGCCUGUCUCCAAAGACCCAGCUCCACCAUGUCGCUGACGGAUAUCCUUGAGAUGUUGUAUUCCACAGCCACCUUACUCUACGCCAUGCGAGACAACGAGGUCCACAUCAGUAACAGGCUUCACUACAAUGUUUUUUAUUGCCUGUAUCACCUGGAAAAUUUUCCCUGCGGCCCGGCUGUUGAACACCAUCCCACGUUAGGUCUCAGGCCUGUUUUACAACUUACUAGUGAACAGCAACAGAUCUUAAACCACGCCCUUGCACCUGGAGAGGUGGUAAAAAUUGUGGCUUUUGCAGGCACUGGCAAAACCUCCACACUGCUCCAAUACACUCGGAAGUGGGACAAGCUGAAUUUUUUGUACUUGGCUUUCAACAGCACCAUCGCGAAACAGGCGGAGGUGGUUUUCCCCGGUAACGUCACCUGUAAAACCAUCCACUCCUUGGCCUUUGCAGAAGUCGGGAAGCAUUACAAACAUAAGCUUAACCUGGGCUCACUGACCUCCUACCUGGUCAGUUUUGUCCUCUCCAAUCGCAAGGGCCAAUCUCCGUUCAUCAGAGCCAAGACGGUCGUUCAGACACUCGCGGCCUUCUUCGCUUCGGCGGACGCGGCCAUCACUGUGGAGCACACGCCCAUUUGGUGCAAGAACAACCAAGGGAUAAAUGUUCUGGUGGAGGAACGCGAAAAGCACAUCAUUGUUGAAGAAGCGAAACAAAUAUGGGCCAAGAUGAAAAUGCGGAGCCCGACCACGGACAUGGCACACAGAAUGACGCACGACGGCUACUUGAAACUUUGGCAACUCCAGAAACCUUCUCUUUCCAACUACGACGCUAUCUUGGUGGAUGAGGCCCAAGACUGCACGCCCGCGGUUAUGGACAUUGUCCUCUCACAAACGUGUGGGGUGAUCUUGGUUGGAGAUCCACACCAGCAGAUCUACACUUUCCGGGGUGCUGUCAAUUCACUUUUGCAUGUACCCCACAGUCGCAUCUUCUACCUGACGCAGAGUUUUCGCUUCGGCUCCGAAAUCGCUUACGUUGGCGCGACUCUCCUGGAUAUCUGCAAGAAAGUGCGGAAAAAAACACUGGUGGGAAACACCCAGGAAAGUGAUGUCCGAGGGGUCGGCGUGGAGGGGAAGGAGGCCUGCUUAUCCCGGAACAACCAAACCGUCUUUGAGGAUGCUGUGAACCGCACAGGUGGAGACUCACCUGCUAAGAUACACUUGCUGGGGGGUCUUAAAGCCUUUGGCCUUGAGAAAAUUUCUGACCUCUGGAAGCUGCUUCAUCCUGAACUGAAACUUGAGAUAAAGGAUCCCUUCAUCAAGAGGUGGGUUGAGAAGGGCCUGGCCAGCAUCAAGGACUACGCCGCAAAAGCAGAAGACAAACAACUGGAAAUGAAAAUUGCGAUUGUGGAGAAAUACCGGGAACGCAUUCCGGAGCUGUUGGACAGGAUAUCCCGGUGCCACGUCCCGCGUCCAGAAAAUGCAGAUUGCAUCCUAGGGACUGUGCACAAGGCCAAAGGGCUGGAAUUCGACACCGUCAGAAUUGCUGGUGACUUUGUCAACAUCCCAUUUACAUCGCCCUAUCCUGGAAUGGGUCCUCGGAACCCAUUUACCAUCCCGGAGGACGAAUGGAAUUUGUUGUACGUGGCUGUCACUCGAGCCAAGAAGCGUCUCAUCAUGUCCAGAAAUCUUGCCGAUAUCCUAAAAAUCUCCAAGGAAUACUACACCCGCUUUGAAUUAACCGAGGAAGUGGGCAAGAAGAUGUCGCUUUGGUGUUCGGAGCAGUACUGUUGCAACUCCAUCCCAGCGGAUUCUCCGCUAAUCCCCCAAAGGAUCAAUUUUGUUUACGCGGACGGCACCAAAACCCCCGAAGGGUUGCUUUGUCCUUCUUGUGCAGUGUGGAAACUUGGACCCAUUGCACAGCUCACAAGGCCCACAUGGCCCACAAGGGAGCAGGACACAGCCAGUCCCCCAGAAGACAUUGAGGUCCCCUCUGUAGUUGGCAUCCUCCUCCAAGUCUUUUGAGGAAGGAAAGGAGGAGGAAAAAGAGAAGGAAGGAAGGAAGGAAGGAAAAAAAGAAAGAAAAAAAGA